CCAGCUUCUUCGGCUCUCACAAUCUCCGGUUCUUCCUCCGGUGAACUCUUCGCCGUCUCAUUCUCCGGCGAAAUUCAGUUGCUAAAAGACAUGGCAUUGUCCUGUAUCAGAUCAUUGAGAAGCAUGAACAUUCCCAAAGAGUUAAUUCAAUUGGGAGGCUGCAGAACAUUUGCUGUGGGCAGUAAAUCAAAGAAAGGUGGUAAAGGGGGUGCAGCUGCCGAUGCUUCAAAGGCAUCAACAAUCAGCAAGGAAGUCAAGGCCACUGCAGUUGUUGGAGCAAAUAUCCUCAAGGAUGGAGCAAAUCCUAAAAUAUUGCAGGACUCAGAAUACUCAGGAUGGGUGUGGCACCUGCUGGAUAAACGUCCUGCACUCAGCGAAUUGAGAAGGAAUGACAUUGAGUCUCUCCCUUAUGAGGACCUCAAACGCUUUGCCAAGCUGGAUAACCGAGCUAGGAUCAAGGAAAACAACUCAAUCAGGGCCAAGAAUUGAAACCUCUUUUGAAGUGUAUGGAAAGCAUUCAAUCGAGCUAAAGCAAAUGCACCUAAAGUAUAGCUACUGUCGAGUGAUGUUGCAAGACCUAAUGUCCUAGCUCUCAGCUUAUUGGGUGGUCCACUUCAAGUAAGCUUUGUAACGAGUUUUUUGUUUUAUCGGGGAAAAGAAAACUCGUUAUAAAUUUAAAAUGCUAGAUCCGUCUCAAAAUUUUCGCCUUCCUGGCUCAUGAUAAGGAGAAAUGGUCCAUUGAACUUUUAUGCCAAACAUUUUCAAUGAGUGGAAGCUGCUUUCUAUUCUGAUCACUUCAAGCACCUAAUUUUAAGCUUAGAAUAACUAGACAUUGAAAUCUUGAUUUGACUGCUACAUUCCACUUAAUGUAUCAUUAUUCAGCUUUUUGACUUUGGCAAGUUCAAA